CUGCCCGCGGAAGGGAGCUUUAAAACUCCCCGCCCUGAGCCAUUCGGCGGGGAGAGGUCACUGGGCACCGAGCCGCGGCGCUUCAAGGACAAGGCGGCCCCGGGCUCUGCCACCCUGCCCAGCUUAAGGACUCAGAGCGCGCAGGGGCUGGUUUGCAGCCUGCCCGGGCUCUGACAUCAGGGGAUCGGGAGGCGGCUCGCGUGGAGUCAGCCCAGCCCAGCUCGGAGGGGCGGCGGGUGAGCGCCGAGCAGCAGGGACGAGCCGGGGCAGCGGGUCUCCAUGCACCUGCCCGGCUCCCCUCUGAGCAUGGCGGACGGGAGCUUCUCUCUCUCGGCCCACCUGGGCAGGAGCCCCGGCGGCCCCCCGUCCCGGCUGCACAGCAUCGAGGCCAUCCUGGGCUUCCCCAAGGAGGACGGGCUGCUGGGCGCCUUCCAGCCCGUGGGCAGCCCGCGGGCCCUGAAGGAGGCGGACAAGCGGAGCCCCCGGCCCUGCUACCCCAAAAUGCCCGGGGAGCCGCCGGAGGAGCUGGAGAGCGGGGCCGAGGAGUACGAAGAGCCCGGCUGCCUCCAGCCCCCGCAGGAGCGGCUCAGCCCGCCGCGGCCGGACGCCAAGCUGGCGGACGAGGAGCAGCCCAAGAAGAAGCACCGGCGCAACCGCACCACCUUCACCACCUACCAGCUGCACGAGCUGGAGCGGGCCUUCGAGAAGUCGCACUACCCGGACGUGUACAGCCGCGAGGAGCUGGCCCUCAAGGUCAACCUGCCCGAAGUGCGCGUGCAGGUGUGGUUCCAGAACCGGAGAGCCAAAUGGAGAAGGCAAGAGAAACUGGAAGUCACUUCAAUGAAGCUGCAGGACUCCCCUAUACUCUCCUUCAGCCGAUCCCCCCAGCCCUCCGCCCUGGGCACCAUCAACAGCAAUUUACCGCUGGAGUCUUGGCUCACUCCACCGCUGGCUAACAGCACCCCUCUGCAGACUCUGCCCGGCUUCGUGGCUUCCCCCCAAAGCCUGCCCAGCAGCUACACCCCUCCACCUUUCCUGAAUUCGCCGCCACCCAUCAGCCACACCUUGCAGCCCCUGGGGACAAUGGGGCCUCCCCCGCCCUACCAGUGCGGGACCAAUUUUGUGGACAAAUUCCCCUUGGAAGAGACGGAUCCUAGGAACACCAGCAUAGCUGCGUUACGGCUGAAAGCAAAGGAGCAUAUUCAGUCCAUUGGGAAACCGUGGCAGACAAUCUGAAGGGACACGCAGAGAUCCAUCUCCCCACCCACCCCAGAACAACAGAGGACCCUACUAGCAUGGCUGGUACCUUUUGAUAAAAAGAUCCCCCCAGGAAAAUAAGUCGCCGAUCAUAGAUAGACGCCUCUGCAGUAGGCAUGUAAUCGAGAGGACGGAGCAGCCUCCUAGCACAAGCUGCUCACAUCCCAGAUGGAGCUAAGCACUAAAGAAACGCGUUUAGGUCCCAGUAGCCUCCCGCCCCUGAAGUUGCUUUGUUUGUAUUUUUUGUGUCCCCUUUAUAUCCCUGUGCAGAUUAGGGUUUGAUUCUAGUUUAAAGAUCUAACAAUUUGAUAUUACGUGUUGGCUGGACACUUUAUAUUAACACUACAGUAGGGGCAGAGAAAUGUGUAGUCGUCGGGGGUUUUGUACCAUUAAAGAAGGACGAUUUUAAGACCCUGCCUUGUACUUGUUGAUUCCGAAUGGAUCUCUACUGAAUACGAUCAGAAGCUAGUGUGUCUUCUGUUGCUUUUCCAUGUGUUAGUACACAGCCUAAAUGUAUGGUCUCGUUAACCCCCGGGCCGGGUCAGGAAGGGGCAGUGUCCGGCCCCGGAUGGAGAACCACUGUCUUAGGCUAUUCUGCUCCACAAUUAGAGAGGAAAACACAGCGUGGUGGUAACGAAGUAGCACACAGCUAGGCGUGUUCCAGGUCCCUUUCCAGUGAACUGUGUGUCGCUGUCACGCAGACAACUAAGUUAAUAGACGGGUAUUUGUGUGACAACCACCCAGGUUAAAACAGCUCUAAGUAACAGACGAGGCUCCUCUGUUUACAUUCUCAUUACCUUUCUCUUUCCCCCUCCCCCU